UCGUACCUGACAACCAUCCUGAGCUGUAUCUACGCCGUGUUCAUCGUCACACUGGGGGUUGUGAUCUACAUCAGCGACAUCAUUCUUUCCAACUCCCCACUCGCAGAAUCCUUCAGUAUUUACCUGGUGGUCCUGAGCUUUGGUUACUUCUUGUUCCUGUACAUAGAUAUACGACGAUAUUUAAGUCAGAUCAAGAAGAACGACGCAUUAUACAAGGAGAGCAGCUACAAGGAGGAGGUCGUAUGCCGUGAGUCGCCCGAGGGGGAGUUGCACCUGUCCAUCGCCAUGUCGCAGGCGCACCUCAAGCACCGCCUGGCCUCGCGGCCCGGCUCCCAGCACCGCUACUGCUUCAGCCAGGGCCGCCACUCGGGCAGCUUCUACCUCAAGAUCGGCGCCGCGGUGUUCUGCUUCGGCCACCUCAUCCAUAGCGGCUUGCUGAUGGGCUAUCAGAUCGUCUUCCUCACUUCGGAGACAGACGACUUCUACAACUGCGCCAGCGUCCCCACUCUCAUUCUCGACGUCAUCUACCCCGUAUUCUCCUUCUUUCAGCUCUUCUUCAUUUUCAAGUAUUCUAAUGUGAUAAUUAACCGCUGCCAGGACCUGGGCCGCUUCGCCCUGAUGCACUGCAUGGCGUCGUCCGUGUGCUUCUGGUUCUGGACCAUCCUGCGUGAGACGAUGGAUCAGCUGAACAAGUACAACAAGAAUAAGGAGGAGCCGGCCUCUGCCAGCGCGUACAAGGCCUCCGAAGUGGAGUACAUGGCUCUGCCGCUCACGUCGUACCAGAGGCGAGGCGCGCAGGAGCUCAUCGCCUACGUCAACAACACGCGCGGAAUGACUUUCUCCGAGAACUGCGAGGCGUCCAGCCAGAUGACGGUCAUCUACGAGGACUUCUCCCCCUACCUCUACCCCUUCACCAUCGAGUACAGCAUCCUCAUC